AUGGCUAGGCUGGUGCCUUGCAUCGGGUUGCUGGCCCUGGUCUCUUGGCGCAGUUUCUGUGACUUUUCUCUCCCGCGAACCCCUCGCCGAGGAAGCCUCGCUUCCAGGCGGGCCUUGCAGCCUGACGAGCUGCCCACGGUGGCCGCACCUGGCGGCAGCCUGCCAAACGGCGAGCUGCGCGAAGCCUAUGAACCUGAGAUGCACCUCGACGCGCGGGAGGGUCGAGUUGAGAUUUUUCCCUCGCCCAUCUACAGGCGGAAGAUUCGUCCAAGCAACGAGGAGGUACGUGCAUUGAAUGACGAGAUAGUACUGAAUUUCCGACGGAUCAUGGCCAGGGAUGAAAAAGGUAUCGAAUAUUCGAAGACACAUUAUGCGGGCGGCUACACGUCGUAUUUCAGUCUCCCUGCACUUCAAGGCUGGGUUCCACCCAUUCAGACUCUCGAGGAGUGGCUCAGGCCUCAUAUUCAAGAGUUCACUCAGCAUGCUCUGCUCCAGGAUGGACCGGAACUCUUCAUGACAGAUUGCUGGGCCAACGUCAUGGGCGACGGCACAGAGCACAUGUUCCACCAGCAUAAGAAGUCCACCAUCAGCGGCACCUACUAUGUCCAAACCCCGAGGGGCUGCUCAGGUCUUUUAUUUGAAGAUCCACGUUUGGACCGAACAGUGGCAAAGCAAUCACGCCGCGUCGUCGAGUUUCCAGCGAUUGCUGGCUUCGUGGUGCUCUUUGAAAGCUGGCAGCGACACAAAGUUCCGCCCAAUUGUGGGGACGGAGAACGCAUUAGCGUCAGCUUCAAUUACCACUGGCGGUAUGAGGAGCCGACAAAGAUUCCACUGGAAUAG